AUGGCAACGUCGCCAGUCAGUACGAUUGUAACUUGCAAAUAAAAAUCAAAGUUGGUUUUAUGCCUUGAAGAGCAUAUUCCCCAAAAAAAAGUGCAAUAGAAAGUCGAAUAAAUGCUGUACCAUAACUUCCGCAUAUUUUUUCAGUCAAAAAUUUGCCCAAAUGUAAGGGGACGAACUUUCCGUGGUUUUUAUACGUGCCAAACCCUUUACGAAACCGAGAAAAGAGGAACAAACACUGAAAAACUCGUCCUCUCAACUUCAAAAAAUGAUGGGGUUGGUGUUCCGUUGGGUUCCAAAGUUAAAGAUGCUGGAAAAACUGUUUGGUACACUGGAAUUGUAGUCAUUGGCUUUCUUGCAACUGGAGCCCUUCUAUUUGCUGUGAUAAAAGAACUUCUGUGGAGUGAAAGCCCCCAAUCUGUAUACUCAGAUGCCCUGAAGAAAUGCACUGAAUGUUCAAGAAUGAAAGAUUUGCUUGGGGAACCAAUCACUGGGUUCUGUGAUGGCUCUGGUCGGAGAGGCCGAACAAAUUUAAGGCAUAGCUUUUAUGUAAAAGAUGGUGUAGAACACCUACAAAUCAGGUUUUAUGUAAAAGGUAUUCGCAACCAAGCCACGGUUAAUGCAGUAAUGGAAAAAACGACUGGAAAAUUUGAAUACAAGUACUUGGUGGCUGAAACAGAAAAUUACCCAAAAGAAAAAAUAUUCCUUAUUGAUAAUAGAAAAUAUGGGGUGAACUUACAGGAAUGUUGAAUAGCUGUCAGAGAAUUACCCUAAUGAAAAAAUAUUAAUUAUUGAUAACAGAAAACAUGUUGCAAAUAUUUAGGAUUUAAGAAUAGUUGAAGGUGAAAUUACAAAAGAAUAAAUCCUGAUACUUGUAA